AUGGGCGUGGAUGCUACCCUAGGGGGUAGUAAGAAUGCCGCACCAUGGAUGGCCAAGGCCAUGGGCGAAGCCUUGGUCACCACACCCUUCGGAAGGGACCCUGCACAUACCUUGUUGGAGAUAUUCACUAAGUUCGGCUCGGUCCGAGGGUGCCUCGAUGAGGAAGGCAUGAUCGUUGGACUUGAUUACACUCAUCCAGUUUGCCUCUACUGGACUGCCAUCGCUGCUGGGUUCCAUUAUGAUCCUGAAUGCUCGAAGGUUAUAGUUCCUCAAUUUAAAAGAUUCUCCCGAGAUUUGGACCGCAGUAGCGGCAGCCAAGCCAGUGGCACUAUCUCUGUUAAACGCAUGGAAGCGAACACAGGUGAAAAUGAGGAGAAUAACGAUGAAGUGUCGGCUUCCCUUGAGGACUGCUGGUUGUGGUCCGAUGCCAUCCGCAGUAAACGGCAGAGGUUAACCGUUACGACUACCACUUCUAGCACUACCGCUCUCAAGAACGCUGCUUUGCGAUUUCAGUAA